GGUACCUUGAAGCAUUGGCGACGUGGACCAAACUGGUGCAAAUUUUUAAUCUUGCAGCCAAAUAAACUAUUGUGUUUUGCUGUGGAACGUUAUUAAUACAUGUUUCACUACAUCAUCAAGAACAUGAAAGUGAUAGCGGUUAUUUCAGUGGCCCUCGUGGCUCUUGUUUACCUCCUACUUCCGCAGACAACGGAAGCCGCGAAGGGACCAAAAGUUACGCAAAAAGUCUUCUUUGACAUGACAAUCGGAAAGAAAGAGGUCGGUAGAAUCGUCAUCGGAGUUUUUGGCAAGAUUGUCCCUAAAACUGUCAAGAACUUUGUAACAUUGGCCAACUUACACAACCUUGAAAAGGAUACGGAUAUAAAACUUGACCGCGGUUACAAAGGGAGCAAAUUCCACAGAGUCAUUAAAGAUUUCAUGAUCCAAGGAGGAGACUUUACAAAGGGUGACGGGACUGGUGGCAAGAGCAUUUAUGGUGAUCGCUUUAAUGACGAGAACUUCAAGUUGAAGCAUUAUGGACCUGGAUGGUUGAGCAUGGCCAAUGCUGGACAAGACACCAACGGCUCUCAGUUCUUUAUUACAACUGUCAAGACUCAAUGGCUUGAUGGCAAACACGUCGUCUUUGGAAAAAUCAUAGAGGGAAUGGAUGUUGUGAGAAAAAUAGAAAAUACCGAAGUGAACAACAGCGCUCCAAAACAGGAAGUCGUAAUCGCAGACUGUGGCGUUAUAGAAGUGGAUAAACCAUUUGCUGUAGCCAAGGAAGGAACACCAUAAAUCUAUUUAAUAGUAUUUCUCUGUAUCGCUCUCACUUUUUCCUUUGCCUUUGUUUGUCCUGUUUAGGAUAUUUUUUUCUUUUUCGAUACCUUAGUGGUGAAUAAUACCAUGUGACCAACUUAAAUUCUGAAGAUAAACACAAGCCUUAGUCUACACUGAGGCACUUGAACCAAUUGUUUCCACGCCUUUGCCUUGCAACCAACUAAAUGCUCUCAAACAGACCUCACAGUUUUGUAAUCGCUGAAUUUUUAUACUAUUCUUGAAAUUACCAAGAGGAUAGCGCAGUUAAAUACCUUCUGUAUCAGUAUUUGGUUUUGCACUAAUCUGGUAGUCGAGUUACUAUUUCUCACUUUUCAGUUAAGAUGGUUUUUGUAGUAGCAUUUCCUACGUUUCAUAAAACCGUUUGCAAAAAAGAAGAGAUAUUUGGCACAGAGAAAUCUUGCUGAAUAUACAUGCAUGCAGUAGAAACGGGUAACCAGUCAAAAUGUAAUUUAAAGUUAAUUUCGUAUGGCUGGUUCCUUGCUUAUUUUUCUUAGCAGAAACAAAUACUUUUAGCACAGUUUACUGUCUAUCAGCUUCUCGUCAUAUGUUUAGUGCAAACACUUUGUUUUAUGUAAAGUAACAACAAGUAAAGUAUUGAAUGUUGAACAUUUGUGCGCACCUUUUUAAUAACUAUUGGGAACAAUUUAAGGGACCUCGUGUCUAGAUCCUUGACUACAAAGAAAACACAUGCUUAACUUUAAGCAAACAUUCCACAAUGUUUAAUCAGGUCAAUAAAUGUAGCUAGAGAGAAUUCUAGAACAAAACAACCCCGUUUAGAUCUGUCAUUUAAGUCACUUGAAACAAAUUUAAGCUGAAUCUCUUUUUCUCAUAAUAAAGUCUGUUAGCAAUAAAGUGUUAUUUAGAGGGGAAAAUCAACAGUUACCUGCUGAUAAAACCAAGUGGUACCCUACUUAUCUUGUGUGCCUUAUGAUGUCAUAAUUAAAGGGUACCAUAUUGAUGACUCUUGGCCCUUUGUUAACAAUGUGUGAUUAGAUUAACAGGAUGUCGUGGCCAGCUGGCCGUGGCUGAGUGGUCUAGGGUGGUGAACUUUAAGUUCUGUCAUUUACAGAAUGUGGGUAUGAAUCGUGGCCUGGUCAAUCUGGACACUUUUCUUGAGCAAGGCACUUUAUCAUAAUUGCUUCUCUCUACCCAGGAGUAAAAAUGGGUACUGGAGAGAGGUGGGGAUCCGGGAUUAACCUGCCAUAGACUGGCUUCCUGUCCAGGGGAAAUAUAAAUAUUUUCAGUCGUUUAUUGUCAAGGAAACUGGAUCUAAACAUCCGCCUGAUGAGCCAUAUUGGCUCAGGACAGACUUUGCUAAGUAACAUCAAUACUUGUGUCAAGCCGUAUCCGAACUAGCGGCUACAGCUAUUGCUACGACUGUUGGCAUGGGUUGAUCCAGCCAGCGCCGUAGCCCCCAGGUCAGACACAGCCUUACCCUCUUGUGAUGAGGGGGAAUGAAAAACAUGCCAAAUGGGGAAUGAAAAACAUUCCAAAACCAAAAAAUCAUAUUGGAAAGCACAAUCCUAUUAAACUUGUGAUUUUCCUCCUUACAACCUCAGUUUGCAUCGUAUUUGGUUACAUAAAAUGAUGUAGCAUUAUCUAGUAUGUUUUACUGAUAAAAGUAUUACUGUAGUUUGUGAGUAACAAAAUCGUUUAGUGGCAGCGUUUAUUGGAUUUUCAUUAGUAGAAGGUUAUGCAUACUAUAAUAAAAAAAA